CCAUAUGAAAAACAACAAUGAACCACAUUUUCCCUGUCAGAACAGUGAACAAGAGGUUGCAUAAGGACUGACUCCCUACACUCCAAAACUUCAAUGAAACCCAUAAACAGAUUGAAAAAAAAGAGGAGGGUAGAAGAAAAGAGAAGACUCUCAUAAAUGAACAAGCGAGUCAAAGUCGAAAAAGAAGAGAAAAUGGGUGGCCGAGUUGGAUGGAUGUGAGGGGCUGCAGGGUUGGGACAGAGGUUGACGAGGAGCAGGGAGGGAGGGCACACGAAACAGCAGGGCAUUGUGCUCGUACACCAGGCACUGGGAGACACACUCAAACACAUUCACUCAUUCACACACUGACACGGCCGUGCACACAAGCGCAUGCUUCUGCCCACUGCCACACAGACUUGUGCUGGCAUCUCGGAGGGCAGCCCCAUCUCCAGUCCAGUCCUGGGUGUCGAAACUGAUCGACCCUCUCUACUUCAGUUCACCUGACCUCCGAGAUAGAGCCUCUCCAGCGCUUCAGCCUUCCUGUGGACUGAACUGAAUUCUCAGGGCCGUCAUUCACAACUCCAGGCAUCCCAACUGAUCUACACUAGCAAAGACCAGUAACACUAUCCUGUGGACCAAGGAGAGCAGCGAGAGAACUUUUUUGAGGAUACCUGUCAUUGUCUGACCCAAGCUGAGCUCAACGACAUCAUCACCUGAAGACUGAGGAUCCUGCAGUGGAGCGCAAUAUUUCCAGUACUGUAGACUCUUUGUGGGACUAUAAGUUGUCUUUCUGCAACAAACAAAGACUGAAAUAAAACAAAGACAAAUCCAUCUGAUUCAAACAACACCUUUCACCAUGGCAACCACGGGCAUGCAGUUGCUGGGCCUAAUCAUGUCCCUUGUGGGGUGGGUGGGUGGGGCGAUAGUAUGUGCCAUCCCUCUGUGGCGGGUCACUGCCUUCAUCGGUAACAACAUAGUGACGGCUCAGAUCAUUUGGGAAGGCCUUUGGAUGAAUUGCAUUGUGCAGAGCACAGGUCAGAUCCAGUGUAAGGUGUAUGACAGUUUGCUGGCUCUGCCCAGUGACAUGCAGGCUGCCCGAGGCCUCACUGUGUUCUCCAUCCUGAUCUGUGGCCUGGCUCUGUCUCUGGGUGUCCUAGGAGUCAAGUGUACUAAGUGCAUCGGUGUAAACAGCGUCAAGGCCCGUAUUGCUCGCAUCUCGGGCGCCAUUUUUGCCAUUGCAGGGUUCCUCUACCUUGUGCCCGUCUGCUGGACUGCCCACUCCAUCAUCAGGGAUUUCUAUGAUCCACAUGUGGCAGCCCCACACAAGCGUGAGCUUGGCCCUGCCCUUUACAUUGGCUGGGGGGCAUCAGCCUUGCUCCUCAUUGGGGGAUCUCUGCUCUAUGCUGGGUCAAGUCCCCCUGGCAUGCCAGGCUCUCCCACCUUCAGCAGUGGAGAAAGUAGUCCUCGCAGGGCACCUGCCACACAAGUCAAAGGUUAUGUUUAAGUUUCCAAAAUUUUGGAAUGCCUUCAAGUCCCACAAGUACACCCUAAACAAUGACAAACCUGACUCCUCUCCUUUUGAUUUUGCUACUUGUAAUUAUUUUAUAUUUAAUGUUAUUCCAGUUAGCUUUUUUCUCUGAAAAGCUGCAGGAGGCUGUUUGGGAGCAACUGAACUCAUUUUAUUAUUUCAUACCUGAUAUCCUUUAAUAACCUUGUUCUCUGUAAGUGUUAAAUACAAUAAACAUUUUUGUCCUCCAAAUC